GGGGAACUGGCCCGUGUGCCCCCGCCGCCGGCUCCCGCCCCGCCCGGCACGGCGGGGAUGCAGCAUCGCCAGCGCCGGGACGGAUCCCUGCUGCAAUGAGAUCUGAACCUUGACCUGAAGACCUUGGUGAAAAAUUCUGCAGAGAGCCUUCUUCAGCCCAAAUAAUAGUGUUAACAACCAAAACUUGACUGAAGCUCAAAAUUAAGAGAGAAGAUGGCCAUCAGUUGGAAGAUCUGCUUCUUUAUUCUGAUACUGCUUCCCGUGGUUACAGCAACCCAUUCCAACUGCAUCAUUAAAAAGGAGCAGGAGACCUGUCUGGAGAAGAUACGGAGGGCAGCUGCCCUGAACCCUCUCAAUGACUCUUCUCCAGGUUGCCCAGGAAUGUGGGACAAUAUUACAUGCUGGAAACCUGCAAGUGUGGGUGAAAUAGUCUUUGUCAAGUGUCCUGCACUGUUCAGAUUUAUCAUCUCUGAAGAUGGUUGGGAAGUAGAUAAUCUGGGUCAAACGCAUGCAGGUGAUUAUGACCUGCUGGAAAGCACAGCUCAGUCUCCCCUAGGGGACAUCAGCAGAAAUUGCACUGAAGAUGGAUGGUCUGAACCUUUUCCUCAUUAUUAUGAUGCCUGCGGCUUUGAUGAAAAUGAAACAGAGUCCGAUAACCAGGAUUACUACUAUCUAUCUGUGAAGGCUCUGUAUACGGUGGGAUACAGCACUUCUCUUGUUUCCCUCACCACCGCCAUGGUUAUCCUGUGCCGUUUCAGGAAGCUUCACUGCACUCGAAAUUUUAUCCACAUGAAUCUCUUUGUUUCAUUUAUCCUUCGUGCAAUAUCUGUAUUCAUUAAAGAUGGUGUUCUUUACGCUGAACAGGAUGGCAACCACUGUUUCAUCUCAACAGUGGAAUGCAAAGCAGUGAUGGUGUUCUUUCACUACUGUGUCAUGUCCAACUACUUCUGGCUUUUCAUUGAGGGAUUGUACCUUUUUACUUUAUUGGUAGAAACCUUUUUUCCGGAGAGGAGAUAUUUCUACUGGUACACUAUUAUUGGCUGGGGUACCCCAACAAUUUGUGUCACUGUCUGGGCAGUGCUGAGACUUCACUUUGAUGAUACUGGCUGCUGGGACAUGAAUGACAACACUGCCUUGUGGUGGGUGAUCAAGGGUCCUGUGGUUGGAUCAAUUAUGAUAAAUUUUGUUCUUUUUAUUGGCAUAAUUGUGAUACUUGUGCAGAAACUCCAGUCACCUGAUAUUGGGGGCAAUGAAUCCAGCAUUUACUUCAGCUGCGUUCAGAAAUGCUACUGUAAGCCUAAGAGGGCUAACCAGCACUCUUGCAAGAUGUCAGAACUAUCUACCAUUACCCUGAGACUGGCUCGCUCUACACUACUGCUUAUCCCCUUGUUUGGAAUUCACUACACGGUGUUUGCUUUUUCUCCUGAAAAUGUCAGUAAGCGGGAGAGACUAGUGUUUGAAUUGGGACUGGGAUCUUUCCAGGGUUUUGUUGUUGCUGUUCUCUAUUGUUUCUUGAAUGGGGAGGUGCAAUCAGAAAUAAAGAGAAAAUGGAGGAGCUGGAAAGUCAACCGGUAUUUUGCUGUGGAUUUCAAACAUCGUCAUCCUUCUCUAGCGAGCAGCGGAGUGAACGGGGGGACACAACUCUCCAUUCUGAGCAAGAGCAGCUCUCAGAUUCGGAUGUCCAGCAUAAAUGCGGAGAACCUAGCGACAUGAGCAGCUAAGGAAAACACAUCAAUCAACAAGCAAACCAAAUACCAUCCCUUAAAAAAAAAUCAUAGU